CCAGACCAUCGCGAGCAAGCAGCCAAAGCAGAGCAAGAAGCCGCAGCCAGCCAGCCAGCCAGCCAGUCUCCUCCUCGGGCGGGAGGGAAGAGAGAGACAGCGACCGGGCGAGAGGCGGCGGAGGCUCCGAGGAGUAAGCGGCCGGCAUCGUUGGCCCGGGAAAGGGACGGGGCCGGAGGAGGUUGAUUGAUCGGUAUCGGUUGGAGGGAGGGGAAGGGAGGGGAUGGCGGCGCGGGCGCGGCGGGCGGCGGCGUGGGAGCAGGGCGGCGACGAGUACGACUACCUGUUCAAGGUGGUGCUGAUCGGCGACUCCGGCGUGGGCAAGUCCAACCUCCUCUCCCGCUUCACCAAGAACACCUUCUCCCUCGACUCCAAGUCCACCAUCGGCGUCGAGUUCGCCACCCGCACCACACAGGUGGAAGGGAAGACGAUCAAGGCGCAGAUAUGGGACACGGCGGGGCAGGAGCGGUACCGGGCGAUCACCAGUGCCUACUACCGGGGCGCCGUCGGGGCGCUGCUGGUCUACGACGUCACCAAGGCCGCCACCUUCGACAACGUCAAGCGGUGGCUCAAGGAGCUGCGCGACCACGCCGACUCCAACAUCGUCAUCAUGCUCAUCGGCAACAAGACCGACCUCAGGCACCUCCGCUCCGUCGCCACCGACAAGGCCGCGGGCUUCGCCGAGUGGGAAGGCCUCUCCUUCGUCGAGACCUCCGCGCUCGACGCCACCAACGUCGACAGGGCCUUCCAGACCGUCCUCGCCGAGAUCUACCGGGUCGUCAGCAAGAAGGCGCUGUCGUCGACGGAUGAUUCCGGCGCCGGCGCCGUCGGGGAGGGGCAGUCCAUCCUGGUGUCCGGCGGAGAACCCGCCAGCGUUUCGUCGAGAUGCUGCUCUUUCUAGCGCCGAUGUCACCGUGUCAGCCAUUUCGGUUGGAUUGACCAAAAAAUAAAUUCAGAAGAUUAUUUUUUUAACGUAGCGUGGCUGUUUGAUCUGAGAGCGGGCUCUGUUAUAGCUUGGUAGGUGCUGCAAGUUACUGCUGUACGUACGUACUGGAAAUAUAUGCACAUUCGUAUCUUCUCUCAGGAAGAUUGACAAUGAUUAUGUGUAGUUAUAAUGUCCCUGAAA